UGCGGUCACGCUGUUUGCCGUAUAUCGUUUGGUUCGUGCCAGCUCUAGCUACACGCAUAAAUUUCUUGCGAAAAUUUAAGAAAAUAGCAAUUAAAAUUGGCGAAAACGACGCAAGUGUAGUUUUUCAACCUGCCAAAAAGUUACACCAAGUGAUAGCACUUAUUAAAACGCAUAUUUCACAGUUUAUUUGAGGCGCGUUCUAAAGUCGCAUCGCACUCACACACACACGCGUCGAGUGUUUGUGAACGAGUGAGUGUGAGAGUGUGCGUGUGUUGUGUGUGUAUAGACGACAAUUUCGUUGCGUGGUGCCGGGUUACAGUUAAAUAUUACUGCAUUUGUGUGUUUGAUUAACAAGAGCGCGCGCAGCAAUUGUGGCAUGAAAUAAAAACAACAGCAAUUUUGCCGGCCCAGCUCAUCAUAAACCACGUAACGCCAAGAAGUGCAAUUACGUUCACAUCUCAAAAUGAUGUUCACGGGCACUAAUCAGCAGCAGGACACGCGCUUCAGCGACAAGGAAAAGAAGCUGAUGAAGCAAAUGAAAUUUGGCGACUGCCUUAAUAAGCGCGUGGACAUGUCCAAAGUGAAACUGGAUGUGCUGCGUCCAUGGAUUAGCAAAAAGAUAACCGAUAUUCUGCACAUUGAGGACGAUGUCGUUGUGGAGUUUGUCUACAAUCAGCUAGAAGAAGAGAAAUAUCCCUGCCCAAAGAAAAUGCAAAUUAACAUGACUGGCUUCCUCAAUGGACGCAAUGCCCGCCAAUUUAUGGGCGAACUCUGGGCACUGCUGCUGUCCGCACAGGACAGCGAUAGCGGAAUACCCGCCGAAUUUAUACAGCAAAAGAAGGAUGAGAUACUCAAGCGCGAGGAGGAGCAAAAGCAACGGCAGCAGCGUCAACGUGAUCUCUCACGUUCUCGCUCCCGUUCACGCUCCCAUUCGCGUUCCCGCGACAAACAGCGACAACGCCACGAUCGAUCCAAGUCUCGUUCGCGUUCCCGCUCUGCGCCCAAGCUGGCCAACAAUGGCAGUAACAACAGUGGCCCAGCGGCACCUAUUAACAGUGCAGCCAGAGAAGCUGCCGCUAAUGCUGCCGCACGUCUACGAAAGCGUGGCGCAGGCUCUCCGAGUUCAGGUUCAACCGGUGGUGGUGGAGGCGCAGCGUCUGCUGCUGCUGCUGUUACCGGAAAUGCGCCCUCAACUGGCGGCGGGGGAAGAGCAGCGUCCAGAGAGCGUCGAUCGAGCCGGCGACGCUCACGGUCCCGUUCACGAUCUCCACGUUCCACGCAGCGUGGCGCGUCCUCGACUGAUGCGCCAAAGGCUUUGAAUGGCCGUCACUCGGUGCAGAAGUCAUCACCAGCUGCGGUUGCAUCUAAAUCCAAAUCAAAGGCCAAAUCGCGCUCACGUUCGCGGUCGCGUUCAACUCGCAGUCGCUCCAGAUCCCGCAAAGCAUCGCCCGCAGCAAGAUCCCGCAGUUCCUCACGCUCCUCGGUGCGCAGCAACAACAAUAAUCGACGUCGUCGCAGCUCACGGUCGCGUGCAAGCAGCAUCUCGUUGUCACCGGAACGCCAACAGGAUCAACACUUUGAGCAUCGCCGCAACAAGAAUAGUGUGCAGAAUAAGCGACAGUAUCGCAAUAAUCGUGACGGUUCCGCCAGCUCCAUGGAGCGUGGCGAUGGACGUGCGCGACAAUUUGGUGGCGCUGGACGCGGAGGUGAUGGCGGUGGAGGAGGAGGACGACGACCGCCACCGCAUGGCAGACGUGGCUUCUCGCCACGCGGACGCAGCCCGAUGCGACAAGAUAAUGGCGGUGGCGGAGGACGCUUUCAACGCUCCAAUUCGCGACGUCGCUCGCGUUCCCGCAUGCUUUCCAGAUCGCCCAUGCGCUACUCCAGAUCACCCAGGCGCUUUAACAAUCGACGACGUUCGCCGCCCAUGCAUUUCCGUGGUGGUGGCGGCGGCGGAGGACGUGGUGGUCGUGGAGGCGGCGGUGGCGGUGCCAACCAUCGCAAUAUGUGGCAACAGCAGCAGCAGCAUCGCGGCGUGAGUCCCAAUCAGCGGGGCGGUGGCGGUGGACGCAUUCACUGGCAGGCCAGACACAAUAGUCCCAAUGGCAGACGCUUCGAUCGUCGCCAAUCGCCACCGGGUGGCAAUCAACCUCGUUUCUCGCGCGAUCGUCGCCCAUCGCCGGGUCCCGGAGGACAAGGUCAGGGACAGCAGUUCCGCAAGCAGUUUUCGCCCGUGCGUCGCUUCGAUAGACGCGGUUCGCCCCCGCAGAGCAACUUUAGUCGCUGGGAUCAGCAUCACGAGCAGCGUGGUACAAUGGGAGGUCCACGGAAUCAGCCACAGCAACGCAUGGCACGCUCCAGCUCCGGCAGCGCCAGUCCAGUGCAGCGUCGCCAGCAACAACAGCAGCAUCAGCGCAGCGUUAGUCCAAUGCCCCGGCGACGCAGUCGUAGUCGCAGUCGCUCCAGCGGACGACCCGCAAAGCGUAGUCGUAGUCGUACUCGCAGUCGUAGCCGGAGUCCGCGUAGUCGCAGUCGCUCCACAUCGCGUCCAGCGCCGCCACAGCGCAGACGUUCCAGUCCGGCGGCCGCACGUCGUUCGGUGGAAUACGCUGGACCGGCUGUCAACACCAUUGAUCUCUGUCGCGAGGAGCCGCAGUCACAAACGGCACAGCAGCCUCAGCCGGCGGCGACAGUGCGUAAAUUCGAGUCUCAAACGGCGCCACAAGCAGCAGCUGCACAACCGGCACCACAGACGGCACAGUCAAAGUCGCAGUCGGUGCAUCGCAGUCUGGCCAGCUUGUCGCGCACUCCAUCGCCGUUCCUUAAGUCGCAUGAGCGCAGCGCUUUGGCUGCUUCCGCCCCAAAGAUCAAGACGCGCGACAACAAUAACAGUCAAAGCAGCAGCUCCGAUAGCUCGGACAGCGAUGACAGCGACGACGAGGAGCAACAAAAGGUGCAGCAGCAGCAAAAGCGUCGAGAGAAUCGACGUUCGGCAAACGCCAGCAAAAGCUUAAAGUCCAAAUCUGCAUCCGAGAACAGAGCGGGCAAGCGAAAACCGUCGCGUAGCUCCGGCAGCAGCAGCAGCAGUGAGCACAGCGAUGACGACAGCAGCGGUGAUGAGCGGACCAAAAAGAAGUUGCAAUCCAAGCGUAAAGAGGAAUCCUCGACUGUUAGCAAGGCUGGUGAAAAGGACAAGGAUAAGCGACGCGGCGGUGACAAGAAACUGCAACGCAGCACGUCCAGCGCUGAGCAACCAGCGGAGGAGAAGCAGCGUCACAGUCUGGACCGCAGUCGCAAGCGUAGUCAUAAGAAAUCUCGUGGUGGUGGCGAAGCCAGUGAUUCGGAUGACGAGCGGGUGGCCAAAAAGAAACGCAAGAAGUCGAAAAAGGUAGCGGAAUCAAGCGAUAGCGAUUCUGCAUCAGAGGCUGAUUCGUCGUCCAAGAAGAAGAAACACAAGAAACAUAAGAAGCAUAGCAAGAAGAGCAAAAAGCAUAAGAAGCAUAAGCGAAAGAGCAGCGCAAGCAAUAAGCAUCGCCAAGACAGCAGCUCCCAGAAUAGUAGCGACGAUGAUGAUGAAGAGACGGCAACGGCGGCAGCAUCAGCGGGUAAAAGGAAUGGCAAGCUGCCGCUGAUGUUGACCGGGGGACCGGGCAUCAAUGAGGAUCUGGAGAAACAGUUGCGCGAGCGAGCACUGAAAUCCAUGAAAAAGUUGGACUGAGAACCGCUUACAAUAAACUGACUAAAGUAAAAGCAAAAACAAGAAUUAUAUAUACAUAAAGAGAAGACCUCUCAUAAACAUAAUUUGAUAUGCAUACAAAACACACACAUUGAGCGACAGAGCGGACAGACGAACGGACUGACAUGUGUAGCCAUUUAAUUACUAACAUAACAUUCAUAAUUGCAUAUAUUAAAUAAUUAAUAUUUCUAACAAUUGAUUUCUUACGUUUAAGUCUCAUUACGCGUCGAGAAAACUAUUAUAACAAAACCAACAUCAAAUUCUAUGCAUCAUGGAAUGCAAUUUGUAUUAUGUACAAAAACAAGAAAUUUUCCCAAAAAAAAAAAAUUUAACAAAAACAAUUACUACAAAUAAAAAGCACAUGUGCUUUAAACAAAAAAAAAAAAAAAAAUGAAAAACAAUGCCCAUGAAAAAGAAGAAAAAUACAUUAAUGAAAACCAAAAUGUUUUUGGUAAAAAAAAUAACGCUUGUUGCCACAGUUAAAUUGGCAACAAUGUUUGCUUAGAACACUACCGUUUAAUGUCUAAGUAGGUUUUACAGAUUGUAAUUAAAACAAUAUCUUGAACGAAAA